AUGCCAGGUGGAACACUUUGCCAGGUGCAGAAUAUAUCAACACAUGCAACGCGGAAAGCAGGAGAAUUGAAAGUUUCAAAAACAAUAACUAAUGUCAAGGAUGGAUAUAAACAAAGCGAAGUCAAAAUCGGGAAUAAGAAUAUAAAGAGUGUGAAGAGGAAUUUCGUUGAUACUGAAGAGAAGUUAAACGAAACGAAGGUUUUAAAGGCGGUACUUCAACAUGAGAAGCCAAACACUGUUGAGGCUGCAGUACAGACCGAUGUAAAAGUUAGCACUGAGUUGCCGAAACUAACACUUGAAGAUCUGAGAUCUCCAGAAGUUAGUGCAAAUUACUGGCGCCGAUUGGCAGAGCGACUGUGUAUCGAAAAUGAACAGAAAGCACGAAUGAAUUUUGAGUUAUCGAUUCGCCUUGCCAAACUAAAUGAAGAAAUUGCGGAGAAAGAGGAAGAUUAUCAAGCGCUUAAGCAUUAUAUUUCUGACCAGGAAAAUACCGAGCACCUUGCCGACUCUGACUUGAACGAAGAUGAGGAAGAUGAAAGAGAAGAGGAAGAUAGCAGUGGUGACUGCGUUCGAUAG